CUCUCGCCUAUUAUAUCCAGCCUCUUCUCCUCUCUCUCUCUCACCCACAAACAACAACUUUCCCCCUUCCUACUCUUGGCUUUGCUCCUCCUUGUGUCUCACUCUGCUUAGCAGAAAUGCCUCCAAUCUUGCCAGAUUUCUCUAGCUCAGUUAAGCUUAAGUAUGUUAAGCUGGGUUACCAAUACCUCGUCAAUCACAUUCUCACACUUACGCUUAUACCUGUUAUGGCUGGGGUUCUUGUUGAAGUUCUUCGUUUAGGCCCCGAAGAGAUUGUUAACCUAUGGAAUUCGCUUCACUUUGAUCUUGUUCAAAUCUUGUGCUCUUCUUUCCUUAUCAUCUUCAUCGCCACUGUUUACUUCAUGUCCAAGCCAAGAAGCAUCUACCUUGUGGAUUAUGCAUGCUACAAACCUCCCGUUACUUGCCGGGUUCCCUUUGCCACCUUCAUGGAGCACUCCAGGCUGAUCUUGAGCAACAAUCCUAAGAGCGUCGAGUUUCAGAUGAGGAUUCUUGAAAGGUCUGGUCUCGGUGAAGAGACUUGUUUGCCUCCUGCUAUCCAUUACAUCCCUCCAACUCCAAACAUGGAAGCUGCAAGAGGCGAGGCUGAGAUUGUUAUUUUCUCGGCUAUGGAUUCUCUGUUCAAGAAAACGGGGCUGAAACCUAAAGACAUAGAUAUUCUUAUUGUCAAUUGCAGUCUCUUUUCUCCAACGCCAUCUUUGUCUGCUAUGGUGAUCAACAAAUACAAGCUGAGGAGUAACAUAAAAAGCUUCAAUCUUUCCGGAAUGGGAUGCAGUGCAGGGCUUAUCUCCAUUGAUUUAGCUCGCGAUCUUCUCCAAGUACACCCGAAUUCUAAUGCGGUUGUUGUCAGCACAGAGAUAAUCACUCCAAACUACUACAAAGGAAAUGAAAGAGCGAUGCUCCUUCCCAACUGUCUCUUCCGUAUGGGUGGAGCCGCGAUCCUCCUAUCGAACCGCCGCUCUGAGAGGCGGCGUGCCAAGUACCGCCUUGUGCACGUUGUUCGAACCCACAAAGGUGCUGAUGACAAGGCCUAUCGAUGCGUGUAUGAAGAAGAGGACAAAGAAGGCAAAGUUGGGAUAUCUUUAUCUAAGGAUCUCAUGGCUAUUGCUGGAGAGGCUUUAAAAUCUAACAUUACCACCAUCGGGCCUUUGGUUCUUCCAGCAUCUGAACAGCUCCUAUUUCUUCUCACUCUCAUUGGCCGUAAAAUCUUCAACCCCAAGUGGAAGCCUUAUAUUCCAGACUUCAAGCAGGCGUUUGAGCACUUUUGCAUCCAUGCUGGUGGGCGAGCAGUCAUAGAUGAAUUGCAAAAGAACCUGCAGCUUUCCGCAGAGCACGUUGAGGCAUCCAGGAUGGCAUUGCAUAGAUUCGGAAAUACAUCGUCGUCAUCAUUGUGGUAUGAAAUGAGCUACAUUGAAGCAAAGGGGAGGAUGAAAAGGGGAGAUAGGAUUUGGCAAAUAGCUUUUGGAAGUGGAUUCAAGUGUAACAGUGCAGUAUGGAAGUGCAACAGGACCAUCAAAACCCCAACAGACGGGCCUUGGGCGGAUUGCAUUGAUAGGUACCCAGCUCAUAUCCCUGAAGUUGUCAAGCUCUAGGCUACAAGAAAAUGGGUUGAAUGAUGGGUUAGCUUCUUUGGUUUCAGUAAUUUGCUAAAAUCUUGAAGUUCUGAUCCCUCUGGAUCUCUGCAUUUAUAUUUCUCCUGUGUAUUUCUCAUAGCAUCUACUCAUUUGUCUCUGCCAUACUGUAUCCUUUUCCAUUUUUCUUUUCUUCUCUUUUAAAAUCAUGAAUUUGCAUAGAUACCUCAUAUGAUGCUUAUUUAUGUAUCAAUUAAUGUACCCCAAGCAGGGGAAAAACAGUUUGGAAACAACAGGUUGGAUUAGCCCUUGAAAUAAACCUGGAGUGUUAAUAGAAAACGCUAUUCGUGUUCUGAUUGUACACGGAAAAAAGAAAUUGGUAUAGCUAAAUUCGUAGA